GUGUGGAUGCCCAGUAUAUAAAGACCCGCCAAAGAGGGUCAGAAAUGGACAUCAUCAGGACCCUGAGCCGGACAAGAGGUGAAAGCAUCAUUUCCAGAAAAAAGAUUUCUUAUAUAACCUGUAGCCUUUGUCAGAGCUGAAGAUGCCUAACUGGGGAGGAGGAGCCAAGUGUGGGGCCUGUGAGAAGACGGUUUACCAUGCUGAGGAGAUCCAGUGCAAUAGCCGGAGCUUCCACAAAACCUGCUUCAUCUGCAUGGCUUGUCGUAAAGGUUUGGACAGCACUACAGUUGCAGCACACGAGUCUGAAAUUUACUGCAAAUCCUGCUACGGCAAGAAAUAUGGUCCAAAGGGUUAUGGAUACGGCCAGGGUGCUGGAGCGUUGAGUUCUGACCCCGUCAAUAAUGAAGAACUUCAGCCUCAAGAGUCCAAAGUUCCCCGUCCUGCAUCUGCUAACUCAAACCCAAAGUUUGCACAGAAGUUUGGAUGCACAGAUCGCUGUCCUCGCUGCUCUAAAGCCGUUUAUGCAGCAGAGAAAGUCAUGGGCGCUGGAAAGCCCUGGCACAAAACCUGCUUCCGAUGUUUAUUGUGUGGGAAGAGCCUGGAAUCCACCACGGUGACGGAUAAAGAUGGAGAGCUCUAUUGUAAAGUUUGCUAUGCCAAAAACUUUGGUCCAAAGGGGCGUGGCCUGGGGAACCUGGGUGUGGUUGAGGAGAAUGAUUGACAAGUUUAGUCCAACACAAUCCAGCACUUUCUCACUGCACCCAGCAUCG